AAAUAUGACGGAAGGAGCACAAAACCAAAGUCAAAAUAUAAGUUACAUUGAAGAUCAAGUUAAUGAAUUAAACGUCGAUGAAUCCCAAACCCUGUUAAACCCAAACCAGAAGAAUAGGCCAUUAAUUCCAAACAAUUUUAUCAGGGAUUUUGCGUUGAAGUUGUAUGGGAUGGAUGUUUUGAAAUUUGAGGAAUUAGAUAGUUUUGAGGACAGGAACUAUCAUAUCAUCGUAGAUCCUGUUAUAAACAAUGCCUAUAUUGAAGAUUUCAGCAAAACAGGCUAUGUUUUAAAGGUUCUCAACUUAAAAGAUUCAAAGACAUCAGGUUUUAUAGAAGCACAGCAUUCAAUCUUAGAACAUCUGCGGAUGAAGAAGUUUCCUGUGCAGGAAGUUGUACAGAAUGUUGAAGGUAGAAUGUGGUCAUUACAAGGAGUUCCUAAUGAAUCUAACGAAAUUGUUGGCCCUUACAUUUUCCAUAUGAUGAAAUACCUGGAAGGAGAAAUUGCUAUUACUAAGCCCUAUGUUACAGCGACUUUAUUCAACAUAGGGAAGUUUGUUGGUAGAUUACAGAAUGCUCUAAAGGAUUUUGAUAAUACCUUCCUGAGAGAAAGAGAUUUCCAAUGGAAUUUAGCUGAAUGUCCUCGAAUUUUAGAUUUCGUGUUUGCUCUUAAAAGCAAGGAAGAUGCCCAACUUGUAAAUGUGAUAAUAAAAGAAUUUAUCGAAGAAGUGAAACCAGUGUUGGGCCAGUUAAAGAAAGUACUUAUUCAUGGCGACCUUAAUGAAAGUAAUAUUCUUGUCAAAGAGCAUGGAGAUCAAUCCAGUGUCCAAAUGGAAAAACGAACGUGCGAAGUUGUUGGUAUACUUGACUUUUUUGACAUGCAUAACAGUUACACAAUAACUGACAUAGCGAUUUUGAUAACACACAUGUCUACCGAAUGCAAAUUUAUGGAUCCACUUGAUGUAGGCGGGCAUAUCUUAGCAGGUUAUACGACAGAAAGAAAACUCACAGCAGUAGAAAUAGAUAUUCUAAGGAUAUUAAUCUGUUGCAGAAUUGCACAUGUUGUAGUCAUGUCAGAAUAUACUCUCACAUUGGACCCAGGUAACAAAUAUAUAUUAUCUUACGUCGACAGGUAUAAACCUCUUCUUUCGAAUUACUGGAACACAUCUAAAGCUGAACUGCAUGAAAGAUGGAAGAUAAUUCUUAAAGGAUACGGGAGGAUAAUUUAAACAAUGCUAAUUAUCAUGGUAAUGGAACUCUUCGUUGGCAAUACUGGAACACAUCUAAAGCUGUAUCUACUAAUUCAGUUAUUCUUAAAUCGUUUUAGCUUUUUAAUUAGUGAACGGUUGCCAUGAGCCUUGCCAUUUUCUCCUUAUUCAC